AGAAGGAGCGAAGCCAGCUCCAUCCGCGUUACAUGGCCCGAGUGAACGAAGCGAGUGCGUUUAAGACGUACAUAUACAAGCGUGUAUUGUAGCGAUCGAGUUUGACGAAUUAUACCACCGUUAUAAUUUGUUCCGUUAACGCGCGUUACGUGACAUGAGUCGAAGUUGUUCGAUCGCGAGAAAGAUAGAGAAAACCGCGCCUCGCUUUUAACGGAAAAUUUAUUCGACGUUUGUAAUUCCAUUAACGAGGUACGAGCGGUGAUAUAUAAUACAGUGAUGUGAAGGAAGCAACUACGCGCCCUAAUAUAAGUGAAAUAAAAGAAAGAAAAGUAAUAAGAAGAGUCGAAAGAGAAAAUAAUAGUGUGUCGUGUGCGCGAUAAAAAAUCGAGUUAACACGUCUUAUUAUUCGCCAGAAAGGAAAGCAACGGUUCAAUUGGUUUCGUAGAGCGAUUGUUUUUCUUUUUUUUUUGCAAGUGGGGUUCACGCGAAAGUUCGAAAACGCAUUGGCCAGUCAACCUGUUCGUCGGUGUACCGACAAGAAAACGGGAGGCAUUCAUAAUCAACAGUGUGAUUAUGCUUGGCAAAUAUGCGUUGGAAUGUAUCGCCCGCGCGUUGUGCCCGGUGUGCUUGGUGUGACGUGUGAUUAGCCGCCUUUCUUUAUACACGCGAUCCAGUGGUAUACGAUGUGGUGUUCGGCGACGAUCCUGAUCCUUGUAGCCGUUGCCAUCAGUGGUGUCCACUAUCGAGGCUGCUCCUCUUCUUCUUCGUGGUCGUCGUUGUCAUCGGCCUGCGUCGCGACGCAAAAAUUUGAUCGCGCGAGCUUCGUUGCCACCCUCUUCUGUCCGCCGAUCGUUCCACGGCGCUGUCCUGACGACAUCGUUCGUCGUGCUUGGGGUCACCACCUUCCGGCUAGUGACUAGUGAUAAUCUGUUUGUUGCCAGUGAUUAAAUUGGGAGUGUCCAAGUGGGAAGGAAAAAGUCUCCUUCUUUCGCUGUGGAAUACAUACGUAACGGUUCCUUCGUCUACUUAUCCGCGUGUGUGCCCGCAAGCUCUACGAGGAAAGUUUCCCCCCUCGUGGAACAUAAUAGGAAAUAAUCAAUUUCUGUGUUGUAACGAAUCUAUUAUUUACUUAGCAUUGAUUUCACGGGAGAUCGAUUGAGCCAAUCAAUCCAAGAGAAUCCGGCAAAGAGAAAAGAGUUAAAAUUUUCCUUUAGCCGAUCCGCGCUCUUGGCGGUAUUGCGAUAUCGGUGGUGUUGGUGAGUGUGCCGUGAUUAGCGUCGGGCGAGGUUGUGUGUCGUUGUACAGUGCCGCCAAACGAUACCACAACAUCCGAUCCCAAAUGAAGAGUUCGGAGCAAAAUGGUUAGAGAGACACGUCAUCUGUGGGUUGGAAAUCUGCCGGAAAACAUCCGAGAGGAUCGCAUACGAGAGCAUUUCAAACGGUAUGGACGCGUGCAGAGCGUCAAGCUGCUGCCACGGGGCGAAGAGUGCCCCGUGGACGGAGGUUCCGGUGGUUCCCUCGGCGAAGGGAACGAGGGUGGUUCCGGUACCAAUUCUGGCAGCGGCGGCAGUGGCGGGGGCAGCGGUUCCUCAGGCAGCACCGGGGGUGCAUCCGCGACGGUGGCGUUCAUGGAUAUCAAGUCCGCAGCGAAGGCCCACGCGACCGAGCACACCUUGGACGAGCGAGCCCUUACCACACAAUACUACGAACCACAACACCUACAGCAUAGGUUUCCCUCACACGGAAGUUCGGAGGAUCAUGUAUCGAGCGGAGGAAGCAGUGGAGGAGUUGGCGGAGUCGGAAGUGUUGGUGUCGGUGGCUCCGGGAUCGUCAGCGGUAGCGUUGUCAGCGGAGUCAGCGGCAGCAGCGGCAGCGUUGGUAGCAGCGGCAGCGGCGUCGGAUCCGCUAGCGGAGGAAGCGGCGUCGGUAGCGGAAUCGGCGUCGGCAGCGGCGGCGUCGGUAGCGUUGGCGGCAGUGGCAGUGGCAGUGGCGGCAUUAACGACAGAGAGAGGGACCGAGAGAGGGAGAGGGAGAGGGACCGUGACCGGGACCGCGAUCGGGAUCGAGACCGGGAGAGAGAGAGGGACAGGGAGAGGGAGAGGGAGCGCGAGAGAGACAGGGACCGUGACCGAGAGAGAGUCAGCGAGGGUUUCGAGUCACGCGGCUCCCAUGGCAGUUUCUACAGCAGUGAGCGAAGCGGCCGAGGGGUUGUUUCCGGGAGUAGCGUCGGUGGUGUCAGCGGCGGCGGCGGUGGUAGCGUCGUUGUCGGUGGCCAUCCGGCAGACACUUCCCCCGGUGAUCCUGUCGGUUAUAUUCCCCGAGGCCGUCCACCUCCGGCUAGCUCUUACCACGUGACAUCGACCAGGGCGAGGGAUCGGCUGUACACUAGAACCGGCUCGUACGUCUCCGGGCCGCCGCCCCCGCCCCACCUAGAUCGUCAUCGCGGUGGCCUGCCGCCGUCCUCGUGGUCGGCAUACGAGUCGACGACCUCGAGGUACGGAAAUGCGCCGCCUCCACCCUCACCUGCCAACAACGACGCUUACCAGGACGAGCAAGGCGGUGGCGGAGGUGGCGGCAGCGGUAGCAGCGGCGCGCUACGACAGCACAAAAAACAGCGCAGAAAAUCGCGAAGCGGAAGUAGCUCGCCGAGUGGUAGUAGCCGUUCCGGCAGCAGCAGUAGCAGCCGAAGCGGUAGUUCCGCCGGCAGCACUUCCGGGGCCAGCACGUCACCCGGCAGCUCACCGCACCGGACCGGAAAUGCCGCUGUCACCGAGGACCGCAGGCCGCUUGCUAUCUGCGUGCGUAAUCUCCCGGCACGUAGCAGCGACACAUCCCUCAAGGACGGUCUCUUCCAUGAGUACAAAAAGCACGGGAAAGUGACCUGGGUAAAGGUCGUCGGGGCGGCCGGCGAUCGGUACGCUCUGGUCUGCUUCAAGAAGCCGGAGGACGUGGAAAAAGCGCUUGAGGUAUCGCACGACAAGCUGUUCUUCGGCUGCAAGAUCGAGGUCGCCCCGUACCAAGGCUACGAUGUCGAAGACAACGAGUUCAGACCGUACGAGGCGGAGCUCGACGAAUAUCAUCCAAAGGCAACCCGAACGCUGUUCAUCGGCAACCUUGAAAAGGACGUCACGCAGUCCGAGCUUAGAAAGCAUUUCGAGCCCUUCGGCGAGAUAAUAGAGAUAGAUAUUAAGAAACAAGGGGCAGUAUCAUGCUUUGCCUUCUGCCAAUAUUCCGACAUUGGUAGCGUUGUCAAAGCUAUGCGAUCGAUGGACGGCGAACAUCUGGGUGCAAAUCGAAUAAAACUUGGAUUUGGAAAAUCGAUGCCCACGUCCUGCGUAUGGGUCGAUGGCAUUGGAGAUUGUAUGUCGGAAAAGUACCUGAACAUGCAGUUCCACCAGUUCGGACCGAUAAAUCAAGUGGUCGUGGACCGCGAACGCGGGCACGCUUUGGUCUUCUUCGAGCAAGUUAGCUGCGCGCAAGCCGCCGUAAAAGAAAUGAGAGGUGCCGCUCUCCGUGGUCGCCGGCUUCAGGUCGAUUUCGCCUCUAGAGAGUGUCAGGAAGUGUUUUACGAGAACCUUGAACGGCAGGGUAUCGUUGGUGAGAAACCUUGGGACACAAGGCCCUCGCCGGCGACCACUUUCGAUGUCGCGAGGGAGCGCAGCAGUUUCGACUCCGGGGUGACUGUGGCGAAUUCGAGUAGCCGGUUUACCCGGUAUGAGACACCCCCGAGAUCGAGAACGGCGAGUUAUUCCCGCGCGUCUGGAGGCGGAAGCACGCCAGGCGCGAGUCCGGCCCAUCCAACCGCUAUGUCGCGCAGCAGCAGGCGCUCCUAUCAGGACAGCUACUACGAUGGUGACUACACCGACCCUACACCGCGACGCUUUCGCAGUUACGACGAAUUCAGUCAGGGUAGCGGAGCGAGCCAUGACGACUAUCAGAGCAGUGUGUUGGGUGACGGGAAAUUGAACGACGACGACUGCCCACCGCCAUCGCGUAGACAUGCGGUGCAAAGUGUCGUGACCAGUGUGGAUCCACCGGCACCUCCUCCGCCGCUGCUGCCGCCACCAGACAUCAGGCACCUGCAAAAGGAAAGAGUGCAUCUACUGGAACAGCUUGAAGAGUGCCACAGCAGCGGCGACGAGGUUGGCUUCGCGCCGAAAAAACGCGCAAAACUCGAUGGGACGUCCACAAUACUGUGCGAAGACGACGAGCCUGAGAUCGCAUCACUGCUUGUAACCUCGCAUUCCAGUAGGAAAGGCAUGGAUAUCAGGCGAGUCAGCGAUAGUAAGGUGGUCGUGCAUCACAGUACAAGGAGAGGAAGCUGCGAAGCAAGAGGACCGGCUCCUUGCAAACGACGACGCGACGUUACUACCAGACAUCACGAGCAUCACGAUGGAUCACGACCAGGUACACCGCUGGUGGAUGAGAGACCAGAAAACUUGGUGCCUAGCGAACCGAGGCGGUUUCGUGAGAGAAGUCACGAUGGUCCUCUGUCGUUACCUUUGCCGAGGUUCGCGACUCAAAUGCUAAACAACAACAACAACAACAACAACAGCAGCAGCAACAACACUAGUAGCAGCAACCGAUCAAGCAAUUCGAGUCUCGCGAAAGUGACCAGUCCACCGUGCAGCAACUUGUCCACCGCACCCAGUCCACGAACAGCACCGCAACCGCCGGCCUCACCGCCUCCGCGUCACCCGAGUCCAAGCCCAACUAGUUCCGACAGCGAAGCGGCCCCUCAAUCACCUAGUCUCGAAGAAAGGAUACGGUCCUUAGACGAGAAGUACGAAAAGUGGUCGGGGUCCAGGGCGUUGAGUGCCGCCGGUGGCGAUGCAUUAGCAAAACUCGAUGCAACGGCAUCCGAACGGUUCAGGUUUCGUCACAAGCUUCUCGACCUGGAUUUACACGAAGUACAACCAAGCGACAUCGUGAAAUCGGUUCUUGCCAAGCGGAGUGUGUUCGAUGAAGAUUCGAAGCGUUUGGAGAAUUUCAGCGAAAAGUACGAGCCGAGAGAAUUCACUGGCGUGAUCGGCGUCAGUUCGAUGAUCGGCAGCACGGGCGGCCUCGCCUCGGGUAAAGGUUGCACCAGCAAGGUUUGCCUGCAGUAUCCAUUUCCUAGUCAUCCGCCGGUACAACUGACGAGUAGCUCGACCGUGACUAGUCAAAUCGGCAUGAGCACGUCUCUUUCGUCGAGUUUGACGUUCACGACGACCAUGUCAUCCGUGUUGAAAACGACGGAUCCGAGGGCGGGGGCGCAACACAAUUUUAUGCACCCGACACCGACGACUCCGAUCACACCCGGCACGUCGAUCAAGACUGUAAGCCCCGAAUUACCACCGGUUUCACUACCAAUCGGUCUUGGUAGUGGAACGGCAGCCAGUAGCGGCAUUAGUAGCGGUUUAGCGUCAACUAGUAGUAUUCUUAGCAGCAACGGUAGUCUAAGUAGUGUUCACGCUCCUUUCGGAGCUUCUACCAGCCGAGGAUUGACGUCCGGCACUGCGAUCUCGUCGACACCCACGUCGGUCAUAACAUCUACGGCGUCGUACACUUUUUCGACGCCAAUGACGACGCCAGUCGUCACAACAGCGACGACCACUACGACUUUGACAACACCUGCGACCACACAUGCAACUUCGAUCACGACAACGUCGAGUACUAUAAUGUCUUCGGCGUUGCCGUCCUCAUUGUCAGUUGGUCUUUACCAGGCUUCAAUAUCCACCGCCUCUUCGGUGCUAUCGUCUACCACGUCAUCCUUGAAUUCUUGUACUACGAUUUCUUCCUCUUCAUCGUCAGUGUCCACGUCCGUGGAUAGCUCUCGGUCUCGGUUAAGAAAAGAAAUGAGCAGUAGUGGUAAUCGAGAGUGUAGAGAAUCCAGAGAUAGUAAAGAUAGCAGUAGGGAUUCGAAGUAUGGUAGUAAGACCAAGGAUUGCCAGAAGAAAUCGUCGCGGAAGGAGGACACGGACAUUGAGAGGAGUCGUAAAGACCGCGAGGAGAAGGACAAUUCUUCUUCUAUGGUGAACGACAUUGGCGAUAGUGAUAGUCACACGAGAGAAUUUAAAGAGAACAAGGAGAUGCGUUACGAAAGGAAAGAAAGGGAGGAGAAGGAACGAAGGGAGAAGGAUGAUCGUGAGAGACAAGAGCGAAGAGAAAAGGAGGAUCGCGACAGACAAGAGCGAAAGGAGCGAGAAGAAAGGCGAGAGAAGGACGAGGAAAGACGAGAAAGAGAGAGGCUUGAUAAAGAACGGCAGGAAAAAGACAAGCGUGAAAGAGAAGAGAGAGAACGAGAGAGAAAGGAACGAGAGGACAACGAAGUUAAGGAGAAAGAAAGAAAAGAAAAAGAACGAAUGGAACGCGAGAAACGAGAAAGAGAAGAAAAAGAGCGUCAGGAACGAAGGGAACGAGAGGAACGAGAGAGGAGAGAGCGUGAGGAUCGAGAAAGAAAAGAACGAGAACUUCGUUUGGAGCGAGAGAAACAAGAGAAGGAACGUCUUAAAAAGGAAAGAGAAGAGCAGGAGAGGCGAGAGAAAGAAGAGCGCGACAGAUUAGAACGGGAGAGGCGACGAGAGGAGAAAGAACGAAUCGAGCGAGAGAGGAAACGGGAGAGAGAAGAGAAGGAGCGACUUGAACGGGAACGGAGAAAAGAGAAAGAGAAAGAGGAUCGGGAACGGGCUGAGAAGGAGAAACGUGAUAAAGAGGAAAGGGAGAGACUCGAAAGAGAAAAACAUGAUAGAGAGAAGCGGAGGGAACGAGAGGAUCAAGAGAGGCGAGAGAAAGAAAAGUCAGAACGCGAUAAGAGGAGAGAAAGAGAAGAGAAGGACAAAGAAAAGAGGGAUCGUGAUGAUAGCAGAAGGCAACCCUCCGAGAAUCAUGUACAUCACUCCGUUUCUCAAUCUCAGAAUCAAAUUUCUCCGGCCCCGGUAUCCAUCAAGCGACGAUGUUCCUCACAAGACGGACCGACCGAGGACGAAGCGAAACGUAUGAAGAUUUCCGAUCACAGGAGGGAUAGCAAAGACCGGCCUAGACAAAAUCGAAGAUCCGAGGAUCGCAAACAUCGUAAUGAUUCUCAUAGAUCCAGUCGCGACAGCAGAGAGAGUCGGGACAGCAAAGAGAGUAGUGGUUCCACGCAAGCUCAGGAAAACAGAGAACAAACUCAAAAUGAGGUGAACAGGGAAUCUACGAGAGAAAAUCGGGAGAACAAUCGCGAGAGUGGGAAAGAAAAACAGCGCAGCAAGAGGAGUCGUUCCGAAAAGGAAUCAAGGGAACGAAGUCCGAGAGUAUCUCACGAAUCGGAUAAGGAAUUCCUUUCGCGGAUGGAUGUAUCUAAACGCAAUGAUUCAAACUCGCCGAGUGAACAGACCACCGUGAUUAGUUCGAAUCAUUCGCGCGAGGUGCAACAACAUCACCAGCAACAGUCUUCCUUAAAUUUGCACAGCGAUGUGGAUGACGGCCCAUUGUCUACCCACGAUAUUCAAGUGGCCAGGCAUCCGUCUGCUACUGAUACCGACAGUGAUGAGCCGAAGAAACAUUCAAUAUUCGACAUUGUGGACGAUGAGCCCGCUUACAUCAGCAUGUACGAUAAAGUGAAGGCGCGAUCGACGAAGAAUAUGCAGAAGCUCGAGGAGGAGAAACGACAGGUGCGAUUGAAAGAUAAGUUCUCGCAGCUGAAGCAAAGUCGAGCUAGGCGGGAGGAGAAGAAACAAAGCACGUCGUGGGAUGGUGAUUCGGUGUCGAGCAAAGCACUAACAGAGGACGAGGCUACCUCGGAAUCAGAUUCGGCAAGAGCGAAGUCCCUAUCCAGGAAGAGUUCCAGGUCUCGAAUUCACUCAGAUACCAGCGAAGAAGAAGAAUCGUUCAACAACAAAAUUCGGAAAGCUGUAAAGACUGAGAGAUUCCUGGAGAGCGACGUCGAUCUCGGGUUCGCUGACACCGAAGAAAAACAUAACUCCCUGGAGACUUCGAACGUCGUUGUAAAUAGUGUUCAUCCUAACGUGAAAGAAGAGCCGCGUACCUCGGACGAUGACGAACGUAUCUCUGUUCCCUUCCGUGGCAACCAUCCAGCAAUCGUAGUGAACAACCAUGAACGAGACUCGCGCAAAAAGUCGCACAAGAAGAAACAGAAGCGGCAGAAAAAUUCAUUGUCAACCGAGGAGAGUCUGAAAACGCCCGAAUCAUCUGAAAAUAUCGAGCAUAAGAACAAAUCGAACAUCGUAGCGAGUAACGUGGAAUGUCGACCUAAUCACACGACAGAGUCUAUUAGUGUGUCCACAACCCCAACAUCUGGAGCAACAGCAUUAGAGUCAGAGGAGAGGAUACGAUCUGAUAAGAAACAACGGAAUAAGAAAGACAAGAGGAGAGACAGAAACGGUGACGAUAAAGCAAAGACGAGGAGAAAGAGGCUCAACAGACAGGAGGCGAGAGACUCGCAACGUAUGGAGGACAUCUUUGGCCCAUUGUCCGACGACGUUGAUGACGCUCCUUCCAAUACUUUCUUCAACCGUCUAGGCAAUAUCACAUCGGAGAAUAACACUUACGUCUCCGACAGUGAUGGUGGUCAAAGUCCAGUACUGGAUGUGGAACGAGUCAGGCGAAAGGCAGAGAAGAAACGUCGCCAUCAACCCGAGGACGAGAACAGCGUAGACUUAGCUGAGGCAGGGCGAGAGAUCGAGGCAAAACUAUUAGGUCUGCCUAACUCUCCUAAAUCAGCAGUGGUGUGUACAGAAAGUAACGAUCACGAUGUAUUUCGAUUUACGGAUGAUAACGACAGCGUGGAACCAUCUACGCCGUCGACCAUUCCGGAGAAAGUUAAAGAGAAAAAGAAAAAGAGGAAAAAGUCGAAAGAAGAGCGCAGUCGGAAAGAUUACCAUCAUCACCAUCAUCAUCAUCACCAUCACCACGAGAAGAGUGGUGAAUUACCCUAUUUGGGUGCUGAUCCUAGUCCGCCGAGAGCCAGUAGUCCAUUGGUUCCCAAAACCUUGUCACCUACUCUGCCUACGCCUAGAGAGACUCUAUUAAGUCCCAUUCCAAAGGUUGUGUCCAGCGUUGCAACCGUACCAACGAUCACUCCUCCAGUUGUCAGUGGCGGCGGCAUUCAGUCUGCAAAACCAGAAAAGAAAAAGGAUAAGUUCAUCCCAGGAUUCGGAAUCGAGAUCGACGAAACCAUCCAUGAGAACGCUGUGAAGAGUAUCUCGGAACCGGAGGAACGCGAAACUAGCUGUCAGUCGCGCAGCGGAAGGGAAGAGCCAGAAGUGACCGCGCCAACCACACCACCAGCCCAGACCGAGGAUAAACCACGCGUUGCUAUCUCACAAGAAGAAACCGAAGACGCAGUCGCUGCUUUAUUGGAGGAAACUUUCGGGGGUUCUACUGAAGAUUUCUCGUAUGAGGGUGAGGAGGAAGAUGCGGAAGCGGAAGACGCAGUCGGUGCACCUGCCGAGGCGCCCCAAGAGGACGUUGAGGAGAUGCAACAGGCUGUGGAAAGUCUAAAUGCUUCCACGGGAGAAACCGAAGCAGAUAUGAAACCCGACACUCCUCAGAGCGAACACGAUUUACAAAUAGACACUGAUACGGAGGAAGAUCCAAACUACGAGACUUUCGAUUUGACACAACCACCCAAGACACCAGACAUUCCAUCGUUCUACAAAUCGCCCACGAAGACAGCAAACACGGUCACACCUACUCUGGUCUCGUCCGAAAAGCCCAUUGAAGCGCGUAUCACCGUAAAACCACAGAGUCCGCCGACCACCGUGAUCGCUCACGCAUGGAACUUGAAUGAAAAGCAGCAAGAGGUGGUUAAGACUGUGGACAACGCCGAAACAAACAUCACCGCUGCUAGUCCGGAAAGAAUCGUCUCCCGUGCUUCCACUCCUCCGCUUCCACCGUACAAACAACCGGUUCUCGGUCCUUGUAGCGUACCUAUAACUAGCGAAACGCCUAGAAUAACCGCGGCCAGUCCCAGACCACCACCCAUCGGCGUGCAGUCUUUAUACCAGAAAUUACCUGUAUCACCGCAAUCUCAAAUGGUUCCCAUGCGACAAACUUCUCCGAGAAUGCAGAAUAUUCCCGCGGUUUCCACUUCAGCCUCUUCGAAUCAGACUCCUCUGCCACCAUUGGUUCCAUCCAGGAUGCCACCACUGGUACCAUCUCAAUUGUCGCCGAGGAUCUUACAGCCGUUGUCGCCUAAUGGACAGUGGUCCAGAAAUUCUGCGGUCAGUCCUCAUGUGCCAAGCGUCGGAAAGCCAUCUCCACCACCAGCCAGGAUUGCUGUAAGCGUGCCCAUCUCUGCUCAUAGACCGGAAACACCCACGCAACAAAUAUACUCCACUGCGGCCUCGCAACAACCGGUGAUUCAACACGCUCCUGGUAUGCGGGCACUAGCACCUAGUCACCCCAGAGGAGGUUUACCACCGUUGACAUUAAAUAUUCCGCACCGUCCUUACAUGCCCGUACCACCGCUCGCUCCGGGCGUACAAGUAAAGAGUUCGAGAGAUUCUGCUCUCGGUGGGAAAUCGGUGAUCGAGACGUUGCUCCCGGUGAACCCGAACGAGCCUCCGGAACGUCUGGAAGAGCCAAAAUUAUCUCCAGCUGUUAUUCCAGAGCCAACGAACAAAGCUUCCACUUCUCCGAAGGUUCCUUCGCCUAAUCAGCCGCCCACGUAUAUUCCUGAAACGGCAAAAAUCGAAAUCAACGCCAGCACAUCCAGUCCGGUAUUCGGAAAACCGUCCAGCAUCGCAGAUACCUGUUCCCUAUCGUCUAGAAGUCAGAAACAGAUUUCCGGACCCAUCACAACGGAUACUAAUUUACUCUCGCCUAGACAGAAGCAGGAGAUAUCGAGUCUUCAACUUCUGACCACCCACGUGCCGCGUUCUUCGACACCGAGCCCUGUAAUAGUUCACGGACAAUCUCAUCUUGUUCAUAAAUCAGUGGUUCACAGUAUCGGAGCGUCCACCGGUACGUCAGCUAAUCAACCGCUUAUUAAAACAGUCGUACCGAUAAUUUCUCAACCAAUGACACCAACAGUAACGGUUUCCUUACCAGAAGAGAAGUGCAUCGUCAGUCAGACAUCGCUGCCAUUGAGUAACACUCAAAAACAUUCACCGGUUUCGCAAAGUAGUCAAUUGCCGAAGCCUCACAUACCGUUGGUGUCUACUGUCCCUCAAGCAGCAGUUAUUACCAGGACGAUACCAUCUACAACCUCUACCGUGUCUGCGACACCAGCAAAUGAACAACAGAGUUCGACCGAAUGUCUCGAAUCGCGAUUACCAUCGGAACAAGAACUGGAAGUGGAUUCUGAUACACAAAUAGCGCAAACAGCUCAACCCAUGCAGCUUACUCCGCCUAUUCAACCUACUCAACCGAUGAAUGUCGUGAAGAAGGAACCUCCGGAUGUAAAAGAUGAUAACGUCGUGGUCAAAGAAGAAUUCCCUGAUAGCGAUUCAGAACACUCAUUGGAUCAAUCGAACGCCAGUGUCGAAGCGAAAUCGCCUAAAGCCGAACAACAGGACACGGUGAAAUCAGAGAAACUGACUUGCGUACCAAAAUCCGAACCGGGGGAAGAGUUUGUUCCUAAAAUGGAGAUUGAAACACCAAUUAAAUCCGAAUCUGUAACGAACCUACCUGUUGAGGUAAAAAAGGAGGAAGUCGUUAAGGAGAAUGUUACGGAGCGUUAUGGAAUCAAGGAAGAAGUUGAUGUAGAAGAAGAAUCAACAGAAGAUCCACUAAAAGAACCGAGCACAGAUCCUCUCGCCAUCGACAUGUCUAAGGAAGAUCCAGCGGACAGCAAAGAGGACAGUGAUUACUGGUCUGCGAAAGAGGUGAACAUCGAGAGCGUGAUAAAGAAAGUGGAUGCAUUGUGCGAUGGCGAGGGUAACGAUGGAGAUGAGGAAACGCAACACGGUCAGAAUAUCAGUAACGAAUCGCAAGAGCAAGCUAAGGUGAACGAAUCCGAGUGGUUCAAUGCCGAGGCAACAGAGGCCGACGGUAAAAAGAAUUUCACAGGAAACGAUGAGCAGGACGAGGGCGUGGAGACGUGCGAGAACGAAUCGACGAGGAGUCGCCGUGGAAGGACGAAGAGCAGGCGAGGUAUUGGUAGCCGAGGAGGAGUCACUACUAGACGAAGUAGCAGACACACGACCACUGCCGUGCAUAAACGGGGAAGCAGGGCUUCUAGAGGAAGCAAACAUCACGUGGAGAAAAAUAAAUUGCCAGCUGAUGUAUAUGAGUUCCACGACGACAGCGAAGAGGAUAACGCCGGACGUCCGCGGUUAAUUCUUACGAUUAAAUCACCGGUGCCGAAUCUGGUUGGUUCCAAUGCGCAGCCAGCAACGCCUAUAGCUGCGGUGAAAGAAGUACCACCGGAGGAAUUCGUCUCUCCAGCAUCAAACACGAGAAAAUCUAGGAGAUUAGCUGAAAAGGACGGCAGUAGGAACACUAUCGACGACGUAAUCGAGGAUGUAGUGCGCGGCUCGGCGGUGAAUAAGGGUAUAGUUGGAGGAGCUGCAAGCAAUGUUCAUGCUACUAGAAGAAGCACUAGACACAACAAUUCCCCUCGCAACAUGCAAACCACGGUACAGUUACCAACUGAACCGAGGAAGUCGCCAAGAAGCACGCGUGGUAAAUCAGUACGAAGAACUUCUGAGAACAAUGAUGAUAGCAAUGAAGAGAAAAUCAAGGAAACACAGCCGGCAACCCAAGAACUUCAGAUUAAAGAGGAAAUUGAUCAGCCUAGGGAAGAAACACCGAAGGUGGAGGAAACAAGUCCAUCUGUAAUAUCGUCCACGCAAAAACCUGUCUCUCACGAACCCAUGACAUUAAUAGAUCCAGUGACCGGAAUGUUAAUACCUAUGAGAGAGUCGGAGGAAGGUCAAUACAUUCCGGUUUCUACGUCGUCCGGACAAAUGCAAGCAGUGAGCAGGGCGCCAUGCGAUUUGAGAACCACCCCAGCUGUUAUAGUUAAUGCCAGUUCUAGUGCGAGCGAAGCGUUGCGACCGAAAGCCGUAGCUCCUCAGCCUGAAAAUCUGACUGUUUCUGAAGACGUCAAAAAGGAACCACCCGUAGAAUCGGCACAAAGUCAACAGAUUCAGUCACAAACCAGCGUGAUCACGAAGCCACAGUCUCCAGUAAUUCAAGUCACAUCUAGUAAUGUGCCUGUAACAACUUCUACCACAGUUACAACCAUAGUUACAACAACGGCAGCGAUUCCACAAACGACACCUAUGUGUUCGACCCAAUCGAAACCUACUAGUCUGAAGGCCCAUGUAUUGAACGCCAGUAAAUUGGCUACGCCGGUGCAACAGCCAGUAGUAAUUACGAAAUCACCAGUUUCCAGUGUGCCUACUCCAUCGGUGGUACAGAACAUGGUAAAGCCAACGCAGCCGAUGCAAGGUCUUCAUCUGCAAGUCUCCAGCAACAGAGUGGUAUCUCCGAGUUUGAGUCCUCGCGCGAAACAAGCGCCUCAGAUCAACUCUGUGAAUGGGAAGAAUCAGGGUCAACCUAUGUCACCGGUUCUGAACAACACGGGCACCCCGCCGAAUCCCAAACAACACCUUCUCCAAGCGGCCAAGCAACAGACAUCAGCAAUAGUGAACCUCCCUCAGAAGGUGCCCAUGAACGUUCACCCGACCAAUGUAACUGCACCACCAACACCGAGAAUUCAUCAACCUGUUUCUCAACCGACCACCUUGAAGGCUAUUAACGGACAACCUCAUCCGCAUCCAAAAGCGCAUUUGUUGCAGGCUGUGGUACCACCAAUGGUUACCGGAGCGGUCGCCAGUCCACCAAAUCAGCCGCAUUUGAUAAACCCACCGCCUGCCAGUAUAAGCUGUUCAAGACUUCCGGCACCAAAGCCACCGGUACCGAUGGAACCACCGAAAGUUGAAGUAUCGAUGUCUGGCUGCAUUAUUGUUCCAACUGCGAGCCCUCAGGCACGAGGAGUGCCGAUAUCCAGCUACGAAGGGCCGUUGCAUGGGAGUGCGGGUGCUGCUCCAUCACCAGGGGGUCAAUAUGGACUUGUCCCCCCACAUCGGUCCCAGAGCCCUCCAUUGCCCCCACCUGCCCAUCAUCAUGCUAAUGCUUCUCAGGGUGAUGUUGUGAAUCACUUCGGAGGAUUGACGAGAGGCGCGGAAUUACCACCAGCGCACUACAUACACCCGCAGAUGUUACAGUACCAGUAUCUUCGGGCUCAACAAGAAGUCUUGACCGCUCCUCGUAUAGCUUAUCACAUCCAAGAAACUCGAUCUCCUCACCUGCCGCUGGAUCCAAAAUUGGAGACAGGCAUUGAAGACAGUCACAGUCCUCCUUUAGAAUUGAGGCGCACGAGGACACCGCACGAUCGUACAACCGACAGUCCUCAGGUGGCUCAAGUGUACAUGAUGCAUGGAUCGGUCAGGCUACCACCACCACCACCGCAAUACAAUGCGGGAAGCAAUUCAUCGUUAACCGGUGCACCAGCAGGCGCUAGGACUAACUUCUACGAACCUCCGCCGGCGCAUUUGCGUUCACCAUAUCCGAUCGCUGCCAGCGAAGCGCCGAGCGACCGAGCUAUCACUCCGGAUAGACCUAGAAAACAUCAAGUGGUCACGCCGCCCCACGCUGCUCAAAUACCACCGCAAGCAGACUCAUUCCAGAUGUUGCUGCAACGUUACCCUGUCAUGUGGCAAGGAUUGCUGGCGCUUAAGAACGACCAAGCGGCUGUGCAAAUGCAUUUCGUCUUCGGUAAUCCCAACGUGGCGAGGGACAGCCUACCGUGCAACAGCGAUGGCUCUACUCCACCCUUGAGAAUCGCACAAAGAAUGAGACUAGAACAAACUCAGGUCGAGGGAGUGGCGAGAAAGAUGCAGAUGGACAACGAACACUGUAUGUUACUCGCACUUCCUUGCGGUCGAGACGAAGUAGACGUAUUACAACAGAGUAAAAAUCUUCAAACUGGAUUUAUCAUGUACCUACAGCAAAAACAGGCAGCUGGAAUUGUCAACAUUGCAGCACCAGGAUCUCAACAGCCUGCAUACGUAGUCCACAUAUUCCCAUCUUGUGAUUUCGCGAACGAAAGUUUGGCGCGAAUCGCACCAGACUUGUUGCAUCGCGUUGCGAAGAUUGCUCACCUCCUCAUCGUCAUCGCCACAGUUUGAGGCCAGCCAGUGGUCUACUGGAUUACAUUCUAUCUCACAUACUUCUCGCCUUCACGCACUUGUAGGACGCUUCGCAUGUGGCAUGAAGCCUGGAGUGUCCCCACCGACGAAGUGCUGCCGCGUAUCGUACAACAAAAAGCGAUCAGGAGAGUAUUACACCCGAGGGGGAGAAAUGUUUCUCCUCUGGAGUUCUGUCAGUGACAAUCAAACAGAUUCUUCGGCGAGAUAAUGCCGAUUUUCUUAUGAUCGAUAGGCCUAAAACAUAGGUACGGGGUUGUGUGCCGUAGAAAGGCUAGCACGGUCAAUGUGCGAACAUCACCGAGCGUGCCUUUCUGCCUCGAUUUAAUUCGCGACCGCGAAUUCCGUUCCUGAUGGUUCGCAGCUCGCUACCCACUGACAACGUUUGUGAGAUCGACCGACGUCACUCUUGGUCUUUCUGACAAGCGGCUCAGGCAUAACCUCAGCCCUUAGUGAAGACCAUCGAUUCGUUUAAAAAUAAAAACACACGCGAUGUCCACAUUGUGAAAGGAAGAUUGAAGAAAGAAAGUUAAAUGAAAAAAAGAAAAAGGAAAAAAUGAAGUUUCCGAAGAAAACUCACACUCGUCCCUCCUUUAGAAAAAAAACAAUAAAGAUAAAUACCUACCGUUGCUCUAGAUGGACAGUCGAUUUCGUAAUUAAGAGAAUAGACGAUGAAGAUUAAGCAAGAAAUAAUAAUAAAACUAAUGUACCCUACCACUAUAAUAUACAUGAGCUAUUUUAAGUAAGCUUAGACAUUAAUGACACUGUAUAAAUUAUAAGCGAGCCAGCAAGGGCAUAACUACUGUGAUUUUAAUUAUUUAACGAUAUAUAUCUGCGUAAAGACGAAGAAAACAAAAAUAAAAACAUUGUAAAAUCGGAAAGACCGAGUAUCGGUCCGCGCGGUAUGUGAUGUGUUUUUUGUAUAAUACUGCUCUAUAUAAAUACCUAUGUAUUAUAUUAACUGUAACAAUAGUUGCUGCUGCCGCUGAUUGCUGCUGCCGGUCGUGUCGAACUAGAAAGUAAAGUUACGGUUUAGACCUCUAGUGAUAGGGGAAAAAGUGCGAAAGAAUUAAAAGAAUAGCGUUUA